AUGCCUUCACCUACCACUGAUGGAACUCCUCGUCCACAAUCUCCCCCCAACCCACCCAAUAGCUCACCUCUUUCAACCCUCUCACAACGUUCUCAAGAACCAACCAACAAUCCGUCAGCUCAAAGGAUCCGAUAUAUUUAUCUUCAAUCCCAACCGACUCUGCCUAGAAUACAAUCAUCUCCCCCAGCUCUGCCACACGGCCCAUCAAUCAACAAAACUAUCUCUCUACUUUGCUCUAACCAACUACUUCUCAACAACUUUGUCCUUUACAACUUUCUCCCCAAUGUACCGCGACCUCACAACGCCUUGGAGGUUCACAACCUUCCAAAUUCCAACAUUCCUUCAUUUUCAGCUCUCCACUCCUUUGUCACCACUCUUCUUAUACCUCCAGAACCCAACAAUAUUCGUCCAACUACUAAAGCUACUUCUAUCAAAUACUUCAAAUGCCUCCUAAUCUCUUCCUCUCCCCCUACCCCGAGUUCUAUCCUUUCUUCUACUCAAUGGCGUCAGUUUUGGAAGCUCGAAAUAGCUCUGAAUGCACGUAAUACUUGGUACCGAAUCCUCCUCAACAAAAUAGCCACCAAAGAACUCCUACGCCUUCGUAUGUCUGAUAAAUUCGCUUCUCAUUGCACGAUCUGCCCUUCUAGAACUACCAACAUAGAAACGACAACGCACUUUCUCUUUUCCUGUCCCAUCAAAUACACUGUCUGGUCCCAAGCACUCUCCACAUACAUAGACCCAGAUCUGCAAUCUCCCACUUAUGAGCAAUUUCAAGAACUUCUCUACCUUCGCUCCCCCUUAUAG